GUGUCGCUGGCUGAGAUAGGUUGCGUAGGCCUGUAGCGGUAUCGGUAUUCUACUACUGCUGGCCUUGUUUACAGUACAGUCACCGUCGUCUGCGACAUCGCCAUGGAUCAAUUUUGACUGCCAUAUAUAUCACGUUUCUAUAAUUUUCUGACUCUUUAGCGAGUCCAGCCCUUAUUAUAAAAUGAGUAAACACAACAAUAGCGCAACAUCCCGUUUAAAGCAGGAUUAUUUACGCUUGAAAAAGGACCCGAUUCCGUAUGUUGUCGCAGAGCCUUUACCGUCAAACAUUUUGGAGUGGCAUUAUGUCGUCAGUGGCCCUGAAACUUCGCUUUAUGAAGGAGGUUAUUAUCACGGAAAACUUUUAUUUCCUGCAGAAUUUCCAUUCAAGCCUCCAAGUAUCUAUAUGAUAACACCCAAUGGAAGGUUCAAACCAAAUACAAGGUUAUGCCUAUCAAUCAGCGAUUUUCAUCCAGAUUCUUGGAAUCCGGCUUGGAGUGUAUCGACUAUUCUUACUGGAUUACUGAGUUUCAUGUUGGAGAAGAGCCCAACUCUGGGAAGCAUUGAAACCACAGACAAUGAAAAGCGGUGGCUUGCUGAACACAGUCUUAAAUUCAACCUUGGAGAUAAGGUGUUCAAUGAACUGUUUCCAGAUAUUGCAGCUAAAAUUCAAAAGGAGAUUGAGUUAAGAAAAGCUGCAGCCGAAAUGGCAACAAAUUCUUCGCUACCUACGAUUAGCAGCGCAGAGAGUGGAAACAAUCCUCUACCAUUCCUUGGAGACCGACGGGUCGGCCGGGUGGAUUACCCCGGACUACUAGCAAAUGUUGUUGUGAUCGCUGGCUUUACUUUAUUUGCAUUCAUUGUCAAGCAUGUACUGAAAAGUCUUAGCAUAGACUAAACAAAAUAUACACAUAUAUAUAUCCUCUUA